AGUUGCUGCCAAAAAAAAAGGGACCACGCAUCUGAAAUCCCCUUCAAGUUCACACAGGAAGUUGUACUUAACAAUCACAUGCAAACACACGCCAGUUGCUGAGGAUUCCCCAGGAGCCCAGUCAUGGACAGGUGCAUCACUGUGGUUUGAGGAGGUCUGUGCAGUCGUCAUCUUCACUGAGUCAAAGCUGCUCGAAGGCAGAGGUGAAGGAUGUCUUCCUACUUUCAGCGCUCCAAGGACCUGACUCGCACCAGGAAGUCACUGACAGAAUCGCCACCGUCCUCUCCUUCCUAUACAGACAAAAACUACAGACAUGAAAGAUUGUCAAGGUAUGACUCCACUGGAGAAAGUGCCACAGAGAAGGCACUGGGCCGCACAAGCUCCUACACACGGAGAGAGACUAGGUUGGCUGCUCUGAACAGACAGGACCAAGAAUCCACUGCCAAAGACUACAAGAAGAAAUAUGCAGAAGCUUUGCACGAGAACGAGAGACUCAAGUCCAGACUACAGGACAGCAAACAAGAAUUAGUCAAGAUUCGUUCCCAACUGGAGAAAGUCACACAGAGGCAGGACCGGAUGUCAGAGAGGUCGGCAAUUCUUGAAUCAGAGAAAAGGGAGAAACAAGUUCUUGAAAAAAAAGUGUCAGACAUGGAGGAGGAAAUAAAGGUUUUCCCAGCCCUCGCUCAGGUCCAGGCCUUGCGGAGGGUGAACGAGUGUCUCCUGGCUGAGAACAGAGCCAUGCUGCGCGUCCUGGCCCGCCUCUCUGAGACGGCCUCCAUGCCAGAAACAGAAGACCUUUGA